GCGGCCGCAGCAGGAAAUCGGGGCAGAGCCCCGCCGGAGCGAGAUCCCGCCCCAGUCCCGGACCCCGCGGAGAGAGCCUCGGGCCGGGCCAUGGACGCAGCAGAGCCGGGGCUACCCCCGGCUCCAGAGAGCAGGAAGAGGUACAGUGACAUCUUCCGGAGCCUGGAUAACCUCGAGAUCUCCCUGGGGAACGUGACCCUUGAGAUGCUGCCUGGAGACCCCGUGCUCUCAGGAGACCCAGAGUCUGACAAGACCCCCACAGCCAAUGAGACCAGUGAAACCAGCAUUUGGAGUCGCCCCUCCACAGAGGGUCCGGCGCCCCUUACAGGGGAGGAGCUGGACUUGCGGCUCAUUCGGACCACGGGCGGUGUGGAUGCAGCUCUGGAGUAUGCCAAGACCUGGAGCCGCUAUGCCAAGGAGCUGCUGGCCUGGACAGAGAAGAGAGCCAGCCUUGAGCUGGAGUUUGCCAAAAGCAUCAUGAAGAUCGCCGAGGCUGGCAAGGUGUCAAUCCACCAGCAGAACCACAUGCCACUGCAGUACAUCUACACCCUGUUUCUGGAACACGACCUCAGCCUGGGAGCCCUAGCCAUGGAAACAGUGGCCCAGCAGAAAAGAGAUUACUACCAGCCCCUAGCAGCCAAACGAACUGAGAUUGAGAAGUGGCGGAAAGAGUUUAAGGAGCAGUGGACGAAAGAGCAGAAGCGGAUGAAUGACGCAGUGCAGGCGCUGCGGAGGGCCCAGCUCCAGUAUGUACAGCGCAGCGAGGACCUGUGGGUUCGCUCACAGGCGUCUCCCGAGGACCCGGCACCCCAGGCCUCCCCAGGGCCCAGCAAACAGCAGGAGCGGCGGCGGCGAUCUCGAGAGGAGGCCCAGGCCAAGGUGCAGGAGGCCAUGGCGCUGUACCAGAUGUGCGUCCGCGAGGCCAACGCGCGGCAGCAAGACCUAGAGGCUGCCAAACAGCGGAUCGUGUCGCACGUGCGCAAGCUGGUGCUGCAGGGGGACGAAGUGCUGAGGCGGGUGACCCUGGGACUGUUCAAGCUCCGAGGGGCGCAGGCAGAGCGGGGUCCCCGCGCCUUCUCCGCCCUGGCCGAGUGCUGCGAGCCCUUCGAGCCCGGCCAGCGCUACCAGGAGUUCGUGAGGGUGCUGCAGCCCGAGGCCCCGCCACCCCCUCCGCCUGCCUUCUCCUUCCAGGAGUUCGUGCCUGCUGCGCACAGCUCUCCCCUGGACACAAGAAAGAAGAUCUCCUGCCCCCCACCACCACGGCUGGAUGAAAGUGCCUCGGAGGCAGGCCCCUGGGAGGACGCAGGCACAGGCUGGCAGGGAACUCCAGGCCGGACUCCCGGUGGCGAUGCAGACAGUGUGGGUGGUGGCAGUGAGUCCCGGUCCCUGGACUCUCCCACUUCCAGCCCAGGCUCUGGCACAAGGCGGUUGGUGAAGGUCUCAUCCAUAGGCACUGAGUCCUCAGAUGACUUUGAAGAGCGAGACCCUGACCUGGUAGAUGGGCUGGAAAACGGCCUAGGAAGCCCCUUCAGGAAGUGGACGCUGUCCAAUGCGGCCCAGACUCACCGGCUGCGGCGGCUCCGGGGCCCAGCCAAGUGCCGCGAGUGUGACGCCUUCAUGGUCAGCGGGACCGAGUGCGAGGAGUGCUUUCUGACCUGCCACAAGCGCUGCCUGGAGACUCUACUGAUCCUCUGUGGACAUAGGCGGCUCCCAGCCCGGACCCCCCUCUUUGGGGUUGACUUCCUACAGCUUCCCAGGGACUUCCCGGAGGAGGUGCCCUUUGUGAUCACCAAGUGCACAGCCGAGAUAGAACAGCGUGCCCUGGGUGUGCAGGGCAUUUACCGAGUCAGUGGGUCCCGGGUCCGCGUGGAGCGGCUGUGCCAGGCUUUUGAGAAUGGUCGAGCAUUGGUGGACAUGUCAGGAAACUCACCUCAUGAUGUCUCAAGUGUUCUCAAGAGAUUCCUCCAGGAGCUCACUGACCCCGUGGUCCCCUUCCACCUCUACGACGCCUUCAUCUCUCUGGCUAAGACCCUGCAUGCAGACCCAGGGCACGACCCUGGGACCCCCAGCCCCAGCCCUGAGGUUAUCCGCUCGCUGAAGACCCUCUUGGUGCAGCUGCCUGACUCUAACUACAGUACCCUGCGGCACCUGGUGGCCCAUCUGUUCAGGGUGGCUGCACAGUUUGAGGAAAACAAGAUGUCUGCCAACAACCUGGGCAUUGUGUUUGGCCCAACACUGCUGCGGCCCCCGGAAGGUCCAGGGACAGCUGGUGCCGGCCCUGUCACCUGCCUACUAGACUCUGGGCACCAGGCCCAGCUCGUCGAGUUCCUCAUUGUAUACUACGAGCAAAUCUUUGGGAUGGACGACCUCCCUGUGGCCACUGAGCCCCUGCCCCAAGACCCCAGUCCAGCCCCUGGACCUCUCCUAAACAACAACCCCCAGCCACCAUCCUCUGACCUUGCUCCAGAUCCCCUGCCCCCAGUCCUAGCAUCAGAUCCUGACCCAGACCCUGAGCCCCACAGUACCUUGGAGAAGCAUCCUGAGGCCACACCUCCUGAGAUUCCAACUCCACAAAGUGACCAGAGAGACAUGGUUGAGGACACCAGAGAGGAGGGAGGGGAAGUGUCCAGCCAAGGUCCAGAGGACUCACUGCUGGGGACACAAUCCCGUGGUCACUUCAGCCGUCAGCCAGUGAAAUAUCCCCGGGGCGGUGUGCGGCCUGUCACCCACCAGCUGUCCAGCUUGGCCCAGGUAGCUUCCAAAUUGAGCGAAGAGACCCCUGUUGCAUCAGUGACCCGAGGGAGUUUGCGGAGGCGGGGACCUGGCCCUGUCUCGUCCUCGUCGCCUGAGGGCAGCCCUCUGCGCCGCACCCCACUGCCCAAGCAUUUUGAGAUCACCCAGGAGACAGCCCGGCUCCUGUCCAAGCUACACAAUGAAGCUGUGCCCAAGGCCACCUGUUGUCCAGACCCCCAACCUGAGGAAGUCGAGGACCAUCUCUGACCAUCCCAGCAUUCUGACUGAGGAGUAAAGGACUGAGAGGGUGUUCAGUGUUGGGGGAGGGUGGAAUCUGGAGAGUUACUGUAAGGAAAGACUACAUGGCCUGGGAGACCAAAACCCUUGUUGGGACAAUAUACCAGGAUUCCCCCGGCUAUACACAGGUCACUGCCCAUUAGGGCCACUCAGGUUCAGAGGUGAGUCGGGGUCAGUACUCAGGGUCAAUACAAGUCCUGGGAUCCUUGGUGUCCACCAUAGUGUCUGACUCCUGAACAGGGCUGCCUUUUGCUACUUUGGUUGUGGCCGGUCCCCCACUUCUCCCUACUUCCUUAGCUGACCUCGGGUGACCAGCUCUUGGAAGGUGUGGGCAGCCCAGAUUCGACAUCCUGGUGGUACCCGGGGUCUGAUGACCUGGGAAUAAACUGGGUCUCUUAUAC